AUGGGUACUGGGCGACCAAGGUGUGCUUACCAUGCAUUGGAAGACGCCGGGCUGGCGCCACGGACGGCCUCGGGAGCCGGCGCAAGCCGAUGCCCAGAGUCCACGGGAGUUUUUGUGAGCACUUGGUACAGCGGCUACUUGCUCCACCAUCUCCGUGGGGGGCCACUCCACUUCCAUCAGCGAAGUCCAGACCAGCAGCUGCUUACAGAGGUUGGGAACUUCCCAGACUACCUGGCCUCCAAGGCAGCUUUUGCCUUCAACUUCCGAGGCCCGGCCGUGGGCAUCCAGGCCUCCUGCUCCAGCGGCUUGGCCGUGGCCCAUGCGGCCAUCAGCUCGUUGCGGAGCAAGCAAUCCGACAGCUCCGACAUGGCCCUGGCAGGGAGCUCCUCCAUCGUUUGGCCCAGGCUCGCUUAUGUCUACCAGGACGGCUACAUCUUCUCCAAGGAUGGCCGUGUGCGGUCCUUCGAUGCCAAGGCUGGUGGCACCGCGUACUCAGAUGGAGUCGGCUGCGUGGUGCUGCGACGCUCAGAGCCCAUGCAUGGGCCGGAAUCCUCGGAAGUCAUGCCGCGGGCAGUGGUUCAAGGCAUUGCCAUGAACAACGACGGCCGUUCGAAGCAGAGCUUUGCAGCGCUUUCAGUGGAUGGCAUCAUGAUGGCCAUGCGUGCGGCUCUGCACGAUUCCGGGAGAAGCCUGGAGGAGGUUGCGUUUGUGGAAUGCCAUGCCAUGGGCACUGCAGCGGGUGACCCCAUUGAAGUGGAGGCCGUGAAGCUAGCACUGGCUCAGCGCCGCAAGGCACCUUUGUUCCUGACCUGCGCCAAGACCAGUGUCGGACAUGCAAAUGCUGCAGCCGGGAUGGUGGCCUUGCUGAAGACAUGCCUUUGCUUGGAGCAUCAGCAGCUACCACCUCUUGCGAAUUUCUGUGCAAUCAACCCGAAGCUCGAGAUAGAUGGCCUCCAGAUACCCACUACCUUGGUGACACUGCAUCCGGCUGCAACAGCCAUUGUGAAUUCCCUUGGGGUGGGUGGCACUAACGUCGCAGCCCUGGUAGCCCCUUUCAGGGCAGAUGAGCAAGGAGGACAAGCAGAAUCGGAAAGAAUGCCGCAGGAGGUGUGCAUCCUCACCGUCUCUGCGAGAGAAUCCUCAGCCUUGGCCACCACUGCUGCACGCCUGGCAGAGAAGCUGGAAAAGGGGGCCGAUCUUCGUGGACUUGAGGAGGCACUGAUGCUAGCACGUGAAGUCCAUCCUUUGCGCGCCGCUGUGUCUGCCUCUGACCCAACCACAGCAGCACGACUCUUGCGGCAGGUGACGUGCACGGACAGCUUGCAGCCAGGUGCUCUUGUUCUGGUCUUCCCAGGAAUAGGGUCGCAACAUGCACAUAUGGGUCAGAAGCUCGCAGAAGAAUGCCCGGUCUUCGCAUCGGUGUUCCAUGCCUGCCUGGAGGAAUGUGAAUGCAAGGCCGACUGCCACACUCUCCACUCCAUGGAAGCUGUGCAUGCAAGCAUCUUCUCCUUCCAAGUUGCCCUAUGGACGGUGCUGGAGCGGAUGGGAUUGGCUCCGUCAUUGCUGUUGCCGCAUUCGUUGGGGCUCUUCGCUGCUUUAGUCGUGGCCGGCGCGCUUUCUCGCAGGGAUGCGGCCAAGCUUGUGGCCUUGCGAGGACGCCUGAUCGAUGAGCAUGCCCCCUCCGGUUGCUUGCUGGCAGUGCGUGGCCUCACCCAGUGCCAACUACAGAAUGUCAUUGACAAGCAAGAUGGCAAUGAGAGUCUGUCCAUCGCUGUGCACAACGGGCCAGAGGACAUUGUUGUAUCCGGGAAACAGGUGCCAGUCGAGAUUCUUUCGCAACAGCUGAAGCGGGAAGGAGUGCAAACAAGCUUCUUAGAUACAAGGUUCGCAGUGCAAAGCUUGCAGCUGCAGCGUGCCGCCGAGCAGUUGGAGCUCGCUGCCUCACAGUGCGAGUUUCAAGCAAUUCGGGAGCCCAUGCUGUGCAACAUCACCGGCCAGCGGCUGCAGAGAGUUGAUGCCAGGUAUCUCUCGCAGCACAUGCUGUCACCUGUGCGUUUCGAUCUCAACAUGCAUGCAGUUGCCCCUCAGUCCCUGGUGUUGGAAGUGGGGCCACAGCAGCAGCUCCAGGGAAUACUGUGCAGGGGGCUUGCUGGCCGGGGCUGCAAGGUCAUGCCGCUUCAGCCCAAGCGGGAGCCUGAACAUGGUGCAGGCCGGGAGCUGGAGUUUCUGGCUUCGGCUGUUGGCAAGCUCUGGAGUGGACAGCUGCCGGGGCUGCAAAUCCACAAAUGGCCUUCGCUCUUCUCAGAUGGCAACAAACAAACUCAGAAGAAUUGGCUGCUUCGCUUGCCACAUUAUGCGUUCGUGCAGCACCAGUUUCGUGCCCCUCGUGUAGAGGAGCUGGCCGGCAAAGCGCCAGAUGACAUCCACGGUUUUGACCUCAGCCUCGUGGCCUCCCAUGCGCUUGGAGGUUUGCGCUCCUUUCUUGGCACUGCCCUUCUGGUGAUUCAGGGCAAGGCGUCCUCGCCAAACUUGCACCAAGUUCUCCAGGACGUAUGCUGCCAGCAUGCGCUGUGCGGUGUCACCGCGCUGGGCAUCGCCAUUGGUGGAGAAUCCCUGGUACGAGCAGGCCUUCGACUCAAGAGUGUUUCCCAAUCCGGCGCCAGCUCUGCACCCUUCCGGGUCCUUGGCAUGGCGUACUCCUGGCUUACCCUGGCACAGCUCUCCCAGAGCUGGGGCUUACGCUCCCUUCCCCUCACCCGGAUGGGGCUGAUCCUCACGCUUCACCUUCUCCCAGCGCAGCGGACGCGGCUUCUUCUGGCCCUCCUCGGCGCCGCUUUGGCGGCCUACCGCCGCCGCCUUUUGGCUUGGCCUCUGGUCUUCUGGCUUGGCGCCGGCAGCGAGCUCCACUGGGAAAUCAAGAAGAGCUUUCGCCGAGGAGUGGGGGCAGCCUUGGUCAGGCUCUUCUUGGCCGUGAGAGGUGGCACAGAACUACAGAGCUCCAGGGAACUCGGGGAAACUCCUGCAAAAACCACGGAAGUGGUCUUUCCCAAGCAGGACAUGGGCCUGGCGCUGGAGACCUUCCAGACCGAGGAGCUUGACGACGAUAAGCUACGAGUCCAUGGAGUCCCUGCCAUGCCCCAGGCUCUCCCGCCCUUCGAGCGCGCAGCGCUGCAGGCAGUCCAGCGCAUCCUUCCCAUGAGCAGCUGCAACGACCCGCUGACGGGGGUGGAUAGCCUACGGGCCGGCUGGCUUGCAAGCGCCUUCCAGCAACACCUCGGCAAGCAGGUAGGCAUCGAUGCGAUACGCAGUGCUGACACGGUGGGGGAGUUGCUGCAGCUGGUCAAGGCAGCUCCAGCUGCAAACUCGACUAUCUGCCCAGCUCCAGCAGGGGAGUACGCAGUUUUCUUCAAGUCGAGCCAUCACCGUCCUAUGCCACCUUGGUUGGCACGAAGUGAUGCUCCGGUGGAUGCUGCUCUCUUACGCCGUGCAGUAAAGGAGCUGGUCGACCGUCAGCCAGCCCUGCGACUACAAAAUGCAGAUCCCCUCGCUCUCCGCAGCUUCGUGCGCAGGACGGCCUCACUGCUCAGCGCUGCGAUAGAAGAUCGGCGCCAUGCGCCGAUGCUCUCGUCACUGCUCGGCUGGGCGCUCUUCCGCUGCUGGCCGCGAGUGGCUCUAGAUCCGCUCGAUGGGCCACAGCCUUCACAGCGGCCGCGCGACCCUCUGGACCAGGAUGACAAAGUCCCUUUCAAGGUCUUGGAUGUCCACGGCCAAGAAGACCUUGAGCAGCAGUUGCAGGGUCGCUGGCAGUGGUGGCUGCAACCGCCGUUUGAGGUCUGGCUGCUGCGGCUUACGGUUGCAUUGGAAGGUGUGUGGGAAUGCCAGGGCCGAGAACUUUCCAUCCUCCGAGAGGGUGGUGACUUGGUUUACGUUGACCCCUUGCAUGGGCGGGCCGUGCUGCGUGCGCCCGAGGACCCCUUGAGUCCGGGACCUCCACUGCUGCCGGAGCAGAAAAGUUUUCGUGUGCUCUUGGCCGGGCGACUCGGAGCAGGGGCCGUGUGGCUGCGGAUCCCUACUCCAGGGUGCAUGCAGGUGUGCUUGCAGUCUGCACCUGGAGCAGAACUGCUUGUUAGAGAAGCCCGACGGGCUCCUCAAGCUGGCGACAGACUCGACACCAUGAACUUCGUCUUGUUCCACAUCCUCCACUCGGUUUCGGAUGGCUUCUGUUUCUCACCUCUCGCCUCAGACCUUUUCGAUGCCUACCAGGCUCUGAGCGACAAGUCCUGCGAGAUGCCAACCCCCAAGAACAAAGUGCUGAGCAUUUUGCAGAAUCGCUUGAAGGAGACUCUGUUCUUUCGAUCGGAAGAUCCAUCUCGCCCAUCCCUCCGCGGGAAUCUUUGGGGCAGGCCCUUCAGAUGCUUCUACGGCAAUGUCUUGGUGCAAGGAGAAACCCUUGUGGUGCUCAAGGCAGCGGCCCAGCACCACGGUGUGCCACUGAACUAUCUUUUCCUGGCCCUGGUGACGGCUGCAAUAGCUCGAGCCAGUGCUUCUUCGGAUGUGGAGUUGACGCUCUAUGCCCCCUUGCGAGAUGGUCUGGAAGCUGGAAUGGUUGGACUUUUCAUGGAUUGGCGCGACAUCGUCGUGCCGACGAAAGGGGAAGACAGCACCACUCUCGGCGUGUUGCAGGAUUUGACCGACAUCCUAAGGAUGCAACGUUGGACCGUGUACAAUGCUCGCCGAAAGGCAGAACAGAUCGUGGUGAACGUCGACUUUCUAGAUGAGCGCCGCUUUGGAGCUGGUUUUCGCCAGGUCCCUGAGGCUUUCUGGACCCAGCCCUCUGGACAAGCAUACGGCAGUGAAUGGGAGUUUUUGGACCACCCCCUGGAGUUUGACAUCAAUGAGGAGCACCGAAACCGUUGGGCUGUGCAUUUCUGGGCCUCAAACGAGCUGUACCCAUCCAGCUGGCGCCAUCGCUUUCUUCAAGCGUUCGAGGAGGCGGCCCGGGGUCUGGCUCUCCAAGCCAGGAAUGGGCACGAGGCGCCGGGGGUAGGACCUGACAUCUUGAACUUGGAGCCUGAGAAGGAGCCAAACGCCUGGCAGAAAGCCGGGAGGGGGCCCCAAUGA